AUGGCUGUCACUAAUGUUAUUGUGGUUGUUAUUGCUGUUAUUGUGGCUGUUAUUGCUGUUAUUGUGGCUGUUAUUGCUGUUAUCGUGGCUAUCACUGCUGUUAUUGUGGUUGUUAUUGCUGUUAUUGUGGUUGUUAUUGCUGUUAUUGUGGUUAUUAUUGCUGUUAUUGUGGUUAUUGCUGUUAUUGUGGUUGUUAUUGCUGUUAUUGUGGUUAUUGCUGUUAUUGUGGCUGUCACUGCUGUUAUUGUGGUUAUUAUUGCUGUUAUUGUGGUUGUUAUUGCUGUUAUUGUGGCUGUCACUAAUGUUAUUGCUGAUAUUGUGGCUGUCACUAAUGUUAUUGUGGUUGUUAUUGCUGUUAUUUUGGCUGUCAUUGAUGUUAUUGUGGUUGUUAUUGCUGUUAUUGUGGCUGUCACUGCUGUUAUUGUGGUUGUUAUUGCUGUUAUCGUGGCUAUCACUGCUGUUAUCGUGGCUAUCACUGCUAUUAUCGUGGCUAUAAAUGCUGUUAUUGUGGCUGUCAUUGAUGUUAUCGUGGCUAUCACUGCUGUUAUUGUGGCUCGCUUUCCACGCUCCAGUCUAAUGGAAUUUGUACAAAAGGAUGAAAAAAAUACACAAGUAAUCUACUUAGUGAAAUUGGGUGGAAGCCUAGAGUGUGAUGAAUACACUAACUCAACGGUGAUUGAAUGA